AUGGGACCGCCAUCUCUCUCUCUCUCUCUAUCUCUCUAUCUAUCUCAAUUAAGUCCACAAGUAUAUAAGUGCCAGUUAUCUUCACCUUCUGAUUCUUCCAAAAGCAAAGUAGACCCAUCAACCAGAGUACAAGGUUCUGACAUGUUAACUGCUUUGAUCCCCGAGAACCCAAUAUUUCAAGAACAACACAAGACUGAUCAUCUCUCUCUUGCAAUCAAAGAAGCAAGAUGCAUAGCCAUUAUAGCACUUCCAAUGAUAUUAACUGGUCUUUUACUUUAUUCUCGCUCCAUGAUCUCCAUGCUCUUUCUCGGUCGCCUAGGAGAACUUGCUUUAGCUGGUGGCUCGCUGGCAAUUGGAUUUGCUAAUAUCACAGGCUACUCUAUUCUCUCUGGCCUUUCCAUGGGAAUGGAACCCAUUUGUGGCCAAGCUUUUGGUGCCAAAAGAUACAAACUUCUUGGCAUCACCUUGCAAAGAACUAUUCUUUUGCUUUUUUUAACUUCCAUCUCUAUUGCCUUUUUAUGGUUCAACAUGAAAAAGAUUCUUCUCUUUUGUGGCCAAGAAGAUGAUAUCGCCACAGAAGCACAAUUCUACACUCUUUACUCUCUCCCUGAUCUCAUUCAUCAAUCCAUUUUGCAUCCUUUGCGUAUAUAUCUCAGAACUCAGUCCAUUACUCUGCCACUAACAUUUUGUGCUGCUCUAUCUAUUCUUCUUCACAUACCUAUAAACUACCUUCUUGUCUCUGUACUCAAUCUUGGAAUCAAAGGCGUUGCGUUAAGCGAAGUAUGGACUAACUUCAGUCUUGUGGGAUCAUUGAUCAUAUACGUUAUGAUCUCUGGCGUGUACAAGAAAACUUGGGGCGGGAUUUCAUUGGAAUGCUUUAAAGGCUGGAAAUCUUUAUUGAAUUUGGCAUCUAUAUCAUUAGGACUAUCCACCGACUAUCCACCGACAUAUCCUCUUGCUUGUGUCAUCAAUUGUAGCUUCUAGCCCAUCUUGGACACCACAAUCACUCAAUUUUCCAAGUUGCCAUCUUCUGUUCCCCGAACUUUCCUGUGGUUUCUAAGUUAGAACAGUAACUAGCCACGACAAUAUUGUGAAUAUGGAGCGGGAUCAGAUUAAAGCUGGAAUAAAACCAAAUGGUAGUCACUUCUUUUCGUAUCAAAUUAAUAUUUAUCUAUGAUAUUUGAUGCAAGUCAAUAACAUAAAGGUGGAGUCAUGAACCACCUUGCUUUC